AUGAAUUUCCAGGAUGGCAAUCCACUUUCUAUGAUGAGCUCGGUAUAUCGAGGGAAAAAGACAAAAAAUGGUGAAUCUAUGACUCUCGAUGAGAAUGAAAUAUCAACACUUUCACUUUAUAACUCGUUUACUGGUACGAAAGUCUUGGUUAGCUCUUAUCAGUUUACAAACAUCGGUUCUUUUAGAAAGUACGUGAGCGACAUUUUCCACAUUCCAGACCAAAGACUCUUCUUUCUUACAUCAUUUGGCAUUAAACUUAAGUUUGCAAUGCUGGUACACGAGGAAGUGAAUCAGAUCUUUGUGUAUGAUCGGAAAUUUUUUGAUCCUGCACUUCUCAAUCCCGAAACAGCUAGUCAGUUGAUUGAAUCUCUGCUAACUGAUAUCCAAAGCUUGGAUUUGGUCAGCAUGAUUAAACCGUUACCAUCACCACUUACAGAUUCCCAGCUAACAUCAAUAGUGAGCGAUCUAAAUGUGAAAAUGGCUUCGGAUGAUGCAUCGGCUGGAAGUUUGAGCUCUACACAAUUGGAUUUGGCGGCUUUAAGAACUUUUCUCAGCUUCAUGAGGAGAAACAUUGGCUGGGAAUCUGCGCUUUUAUCUGAUUUUAAGAGCACUAUAUUCAGUGAGAGCAGCAUUGAUGGAACUCGUGAGGUUGAGAACAUUCUAACCUCAUUAAACGUCCUUAUUCAAUACAUCAACGGAACAUAUAAGGAGAUGGAGAAGCUGUUUAACAAGUCCGUGGAUGAUUUUAUUUCAUUGCAGGAUAGGAGUAUUCACCAAACAUGGGAGGAAGAUUAUAAUAGAUUGGCCCAAUUACGUUUUAGUGUUUCUUCAACAAGCGAAGCGGCAUUUUCCACUUCUCUGACAAGACAUAACGGUGCAUCUCUAUGCUUAUCAUCUCUAGUUGACAAGACAGUACUUUCCGAAAAUGCAGCAAGAGCAGAAAAGUUAAUUGGAAGUAUUAAAACGUUGCUUGCGAGACUUCGGGCGAUUAUAAGAAAGGAAAUGAGUGGUCCAAGAAAGUCCCUUUUAAAGGAGUACGAAUACUACAAGAUCCGGUUUGUCAAAAAGGCAGACAAGUCCAAACAAGAAGCACUGGCAACAGAGUAUAACUCGAAGCUUGAGAAGUUCCGAGUGCUUGUUGAAUCAUCAAUGCUAUAUGGAAAGGAUCUUCCCCAGUUUGAAGAGCUUAUCACAACUACCAGUGCGGAUUCAUCAUUUCUCUCGCCAACUGCAAUUCAUAAAAUAAAAAAGCUCAUCGAAUCUUAUAACCAAUUAAAGGAGAAUGAGAUUUCGCAAAUAGAAGAUCUUGCAACUCAGAUGUACCAGAUACAGACGCAACGGUUUGGAUUAAGGCAUGAAUUACAAGCGAAAAUCGUGCAGACGACUCUUGCCACUUUAGUCUCCUUACAGCUAAAAAUGCUUCAGGCCAAUAAGUUCAUGGGUGAAAAUAUUGGAGGUAAGCUGAACGACUUGCGCAAUUGUGAGUUGCAACUUGCAGUGGUGGCAGAUCUGCCAUUAGCAUUCGGAAUUUUGAUUAUUGCGUUUCUCGGCAACAAAAAGCACGGCAUGUGCUUGGAGAAGCUGUCACACAAAUCCUCUGAGGUUAUAGAAAUGAUGUCCUCGCUUGAGAAAGAAAAUAGAGAAACAUGGCUAGAGCAGUUUAUAGAAAGAAUGGGUGAGGACCAGUCGUUAUUUAAAUUUGAUAAAGAUCUGAAGGCUGUGUUUAUCAACAGAAAUCUUCCAACAUACAGAAAUGAGGACGGCGGCAGUACCCGGAAUAAAAACAGUGCCGACAACAGAAAUAUUACUCGAAUCCGGAGAGCAUCGGCAAGCUCGAUAAAUGAACCGUCACAUGCUGGAUAUCUGGACAUAUUAGGAAAUAUAUUAAAGCAUAUAAACGGUCGGCCAUCACGUGUUAGCAGUGCGGAACAGGCGAUUCCAGAAAUUGAGACAAAUAUUACAACCGCAAGCGAUAAAGUUGACAGUCCAGGAAUGUUUGCAAACAUAGGUGCGCAUGUGGCAGUCAGUGAUAUAGUUGACUAUAUUAAGAAUCUUGAGUCGGUUUCAAUUGAUAAAGCGGUAGUCAGCCAGCUUCAACGUUACUUAAACAGUUUGAGUGUGGCUGCUGAUACGCAACCGAGUGAUAAUGGCAGUAGUGGAGAUAUUCAGAUGAAUGAAUACGGAAAUUUGGGGUCCAUGGAUGCUGCCGACAAAGUCUACACGAAGUUUUUGCGCAAAUACUUGAAGAGCUUUGAGGUGGAUGGUCUUGCGAUUGAGAUGAAGGAGGUGAAAAGUUACCAGAAGGAUAAGCAACAGGAAGCUUUGGUGGAAGGGUAUAGAAGCCGGAUAAAGCGGCUUGAAAAUCUUCUUCAUGAGCAAACAUACAAGCAGUUCAAUGAGCAAUGGUCGCAUCAUCCGGUAAUGAUUCAAUUUAAUGGAGAAGAAGUGGCUAGCAAUACGGAUGAUGUCUCAAAUAAGGGAGAGUCUAAUGAGAUGGAAAAUGCAAUUGAGCUGAAUCGGAGAGUUGUGAAUUUACCGCCCAGUGUUGAUGAGGAGAAGAUCAAGAACCUUGAAUUGGAAAAUAAGGAAUUAAAGGCCGAAAUACAGAAGAUUGAGCAGUCCAGUGAAGGUGAAGCUGCAAAUAAGAUGAAAAAGGAGCUUGCAGAUCUCAGGUUGGAGCUUGAUGUUUCGCAAAAGGAGAGUCUGGAAAAAGCGCAUGAGGUGGAAAAGCUCAAGAAGCAAACACAGGUUGUUAUUUUGCAGAAGGAAAAGAUGGAAAAGAAGCAGAAGCAGAUGGAAGAGAAGAUUAAGGAGCUGGAAAAGAAGAAUGAAGAUGUCAAGAAUACAAAUAACGACUUAAUUGAGAACUUGUCCCAGAAGGAGGACGAGUUCAAAAAGGAGUCGCAGAUGAAUCAGCGUGAGAUCAACGAGUUGAAGUUGAAAAUCGAGGAGUUGGAAGAUGAUCGGAAGGAGGUCUUUGAAGUGGAAGAUGAAGGCAAGAAUUUCAAGUAUGAGCAACUUCUAGGUGGGUUGAACGAUGCUAGCACGCUUGUUGAUAGCAUAAUAAUGAAACUGGUAACAUUUAUCAACCGUAGCCACGAAGAUAUGGUGACAUUUUGUCUUUUACUAGAGUCUAUUGGUCUAAUGCUGGCAUUAGACGACAAAGGUGGCUUUGCUGUGCAGAGAGUGAAGGGACUAAGGGCGAAAAAGAAGAAAUUGCUCUCGGCAGAGAUGGAAAACACUAUCGAAGAGAAAAUUUCCGACUCAACUAUCGAGGAUGCGUUGCUGGAAGUUGUUGCGGAGGAUGUUGUACAAAAUUCCUACCAAAGUAUGGAGAAACUUCAACUUACGGAUCUUACUGAUUUGUCGAGAGACGAAGAUAAAGACAUAGAAAUGGUUGAAACCGAGAAUGAGGGUGAACAUAGCCAAACAAGUUCUGAUAAUGGUAAGGCAUUGGAUCAUCUAAGCCACUUGAUGGAUCGGUGGAAAGAUCUAGAUAAAAGUAAGCAAUUCAACGAAUUUAUGACAAACACGUUUUUGGACAGGAAGAUGCUUAUUGAAAAAGUUUUCGGAAGAUUUAAUGACGUGGAAACAUUGGCAAGAAGACUCCAAAAAGAGAAAAAUGCACAAAGAGUCGAUAUUACCAGUUUGAGAUACGAACUGGGCCACAGACUUGCAAUCAGGAACUUCAAAAAUGGUGAUCUGGUUCUCUUCUUGAGAACACUCAACCCUACACCAUAUGAAGAUGUUGACUAUGAACUUUCCGCUUUGAAUCGAAGUGAGGAGGAGGAAAAAGAGCAAACCAAGCAGCCUUGGGCCAUUUUCAAUAUGGGAGCGCCUAAUUACUAUCUUAGGGAAUUAAAGAGUUCUGGAAUGCCUGUUAAUAUGACGAAACGUGAUUGGUUCGUGGGUAGGAUUGUGAAAAUAGAGACGAUGUCCGUCAAUGAGAGCAAUUACAAUGAUAAGACACAGAAUCCAUUCAAGCUUGCAAUUGGGUUUACUUGGUAUCUCGUGGAUGCAAAUGAGGAGAUCAAUGAGGAUUGA